AUGUGGCAUGGUUCACGUGCUCUCCUUGUAGGCGGGGCCCAUCGCACAUUGGCGUCGUCUUUCUCCACGCAGGCGGCAGUUGGCGCAACGGCCAUGCUUUUCCAGGCACGGUUUGCCAGUGCUAGCACCAACCCAUACGCAGUACUUGGCAUCAAGCAAGGCGCAACGAAGGAAGAAAUCAAAAAGGCUUACCGCGUGCUUGCCCGCAAACACCACCCGGACGCACCGGGCGGCUCACAUGAGAAGUUUCAGGAGAUUCAGGCGGCCUACGAUCAAGUAAAGAGCGGUAUUUGGAUUAGGCGAGAUGCCGAUGGAGGCUCCACGGAUGCCCGUGGAGGUUCUGAUGGUGGCAAUCGUUACAGCAAUUUCCGUUUUACAACACGUCAGCACAAGAGCAAAGUUAGUUACGACGAGUUUUACGAGGAGAUGCACACAGGGAAGGUUAAGAAAAGACCCUUUGAGGAUGAUGACGAUGCAGAAGAGGCGGCAUCGAAGGAUCCCCGUCGUAACCCAUUUGCAGGGAAUGAAGCUUUGGUCCAGGCGUGGUUUCGCGUCAUUAUUCUUUGGUCCGUCGUGUUUGUCUCACUGCGUACGACGCUCUUUUUGACAUUCCCACCCAAGUACGAGAGCGUGCGGAGGGCGCCCAUGCCGGAACGUCCGAGGAAGCCGCCACCGCCCAAACCGCUCAUGAAUAAUUCAUUGGUGGCGUGA